GAGAGAGAGAGAGGCGCACGUCAAAAGCAAGCGAUCUUCAAUCAGGCACCUUCGACAUUGAAAUGCCGUUGUUAUUUCAGCAGCAGGAUACUUUCAUCACGGCGUAAAGUCUAAUAAUUUUUGUUUUUUUUUUUUUUACCUCAAAAGCUUGCUUUCGAUGUUGGGGUCAUAUGCUCACUCUCCGGACAUUUUCAUCGGCGCGGGAGGAACGAGAUCAAGAAUAUGGACAAAAUGAUCCCGAGCCGAGCGGCGACACUCCCACUGGGGUCGACUCUCGAGCUGUCAACGUGCGCAAAAGAACUGUUGCCGCAAAUGUCAAGCGCUGGGCCCAAGCCGCUGCUCCUUGCCGUCUUUCUCCUCCAGCUAGCGCAGCUCUCGUGCCAGCAGGUACCGUCCAACUGCGUCAUCAAGAGGGAGGAGGAGAAGUGUGCCGAGAUGAUGGGCUUUGACCAGGAUGGGGAGGAUCUCCAGUCUGGGUGUCCGUGGAUGUGGGACAACCUGACGUGUUGGCAGCGCGCCAGCAUCGGCGACGUGGUGGAGGUCAACUGUCCAGAGCUCUUCUCUCAGUUCCUGAGCGAGGACCACGACGUUGGCGAGCUGGGGAAGGUCCGUCGCAACUGCAGCGAGUCCGGCUGGUCCGAGACCUUUCCGCACUACAUCGACGCCUGCUUUUACCAAGACGGAAACGACAGUCAUGCGGACUGGUACUUUGUGUCGGUGAAGGCCGUCUACACGGUCGGCUACAGUAUGUCUUUGACGUCGCUCACCAUGGCCAUGGUCGUCUUGUGCAGGUUCAGGAAGCUGCACUGCACUCGCAACUUCAUCCACAUGAACCUGUUUGUGUCGUUCAUGCUGAGAGCUCUUUCAGUCUUGAUCAAAGACGGAGUGCUCUAUUCUCAGGACGACAGCGAGCACUGCUUCGUACGCACAUUGGAAUGCAAGGCAGUGAUGGUCUUCCUCCACUACUGCGUCCUCUGCAACAAUUUCUGGCUGUUCAUCGAGGGCCUUUAUCUCUUCACGCUCUUGGUGGAGACCUUCUUUCCCGAGAAGAGAUACUUCUAUUGGUACAUCGUGGUUGGCUGGGGAAUCCCGACCUUGUGCGUGAGCGUCUGGGCGUUGUUGAGGCUGCAUUUUGACGACACCGGCUGUUGGGACAUAAAUGACAAUGCCGCCAUCUGGUGGCUGAUUAAGGGACCCGUGCUGGCUUCAAUCUUGAUCAACUUUGUACUCUUUAUCUGCAUCAUCAUCAUCCUCGUCCAGAAAUUGCAGUCGCCGGAUAUCGGAGGGAACGAAUCGAGCAUUUACCUGAGGUUGGCCCGGUCCACUCUGCUGUUAAUUCCGCUCUUUGGGAUCCACUACACAGUGUUUGCCUUCUCCCCAGAGAACGUCAAACGAGAGCGUUUGGUCUUUGAGCUGGGCUUGGGAUCCUUUCAGGGCUUUGUGGUGGCUGUACUCUACUGCUUCCUGAAUGGAGAGGUGCAAUCGGAGAUGAAGAGGAAAUGGCGCAGCUGGACGGUGAAACGAUACUUUGCCGUGGAGCCGAAGCAGCGGCAGCCCUCGCUGGCCAGCAGUGGCGUCAACGGCGGCACGCAGCUCUCCAUCCUCAGCAAGAGUAGCUCUCAGAUCCGCGUGGCCGUGCCACAGGCCGAGACCACGGCCACCUGAGCGGCCGCAAGCCAUGUGCGCCGAGCCCGACGACCACCCUCGCCGCGAAAGCGUCAUGUCGACUCAUUUGAACGCGUCAAAGUGGACCGGCGCUGAUUGAGUAGCGCAAUGUGUCCAUUGUGCCCCUGCGAUGCUUAUCACCAAGUGGCCACUAGACAUUCGAAUGCAUUCAAUAGCGUCAAAACGCAAUUUCAAUGACGCAGGAGCGGUUGCGCUGUCCGCCGGCCAGUUGAUGAGUGACUGCGAGGAAGAAAACAAUUUCCUAGGGACUAUUGGUUGGUUGGUUUGUGCACAUGACUGCAUUCAAGAUAUCAAAGUUGGUCAUUACGAUUUCUGUUGUUUGCAUUGAGAUGUACAGACAAUCAAAGGAUAUUAAAAAGUGCCAUAUGAAGUC